AUGCCUCGCGACGCAACUGCGGCGAAAGCUGCAAAGGUCCCCCAAGCCGAUGAUGAGUCCAAAAUCGAGAAUGAUGUUGGGCUCGAGAACACCGCUGGGAUUCCCUCAGAGAUGAAGCAAAACUUCAGUCUCUGGUCGCUGUUAUUCAUGUGCUGUUGUACUAGUACGACGUGGGAGGCUCUGACCUCAACCAUGACGCAGGCCCUUAGCUCGGGAGGCAGCUCUAGUAUGGUCUGGGGUUUCUUUGUAUCGUCUAUUGGAGCAUUCCUAAUCUCUUUGUGCCUUGGCGAAUUCUCAAGUCAAAUCCCCACCGUUGGCGGACAGUACCAUUACGCUGCUGAGUUUACCCCACGAAACGCCCGGCGUGUCGUGUCCUGGUUUGCUGGAUGGAUGACUAUCUGGGGCUGGAUUCUUAUUAGUGUAGCAGGUAAUUUUGCAAAUGUCAUGCAAGUGCAGGCAUACCUAGUUUUGUUCAAGGAUGGCUAUGUUCAUGAGCGAUGGUACACGUCCCUAAUCUUGAUGGCUUUAUCUACCGUAUACAUGUCUGGCUGUUUCCUCAACACGAAGAUUUUGCAUUACUCAACCUACGUUGGCAUCGCUUUCCAUCUCAUUGGUUAUGUGCUCAGCCUGAUCUAUCUGCUCGUUGUGGUCGAAAAGAAGCAGUCUGCGGAAUGGGUCUUCACCGAUCAAACCAACUACACUGGGUGGAACAACGGGGUUGCAUGGUCUAUCGGAAUUAUGAGCAGUGCACUCAGCAUGAUUGGGUGGGACUCGUCGACGCACAUGGCUGAAGAAAUGAAGCAUCCCGCUCGUGACCUACCACGGACAAUGUAUGGGAGUGUAUUUCUCACAGGUCUAUUGACGUUCCCAUGGGUCAUCUCCCUCAUGUUCUGCGUCCAGGACAUUGACGGCGUUGUAAAUGGGCCGGCUGGUGCUUUGAGUCCUUUCGUUCAGCUCAUCUACAACGUCUCCAAUGGCAGCAUGGGUGCCACCAUCGGCAUCACUAUCCCUAUCCUGGCGCUCAACCUUUUGUCUUCCGGUCCAGCCUGUUUCGCGGCUACGUCUCGCUUAACGUGGGCUUUCGCCAGAGAAGGUGGCCUGCCUAGUGUCAUCGGUAAGAUCCACCCGACUCUGCAUGUGCCGAUCAACGCUAUCCUCAUCGACUGGGUCGCAGUGUGCUUGCUCGCCUUGAUCUACAUUGGUAACGAGACGGCAUUCUACGGACUCAACUCUGGUGUCACGGUAGUUAUCCUUCUUACCUACGCGCUGCCCAUCGGCCUAUAUCUCAUAUACGGCUCGGAACACUGCAGCCUCCCAAAGGGACCCUUCACACUCGGCCGUUGGAGCAAGCUUAUAAACUGGGUUGCUUUCCUGUGGUCUAUUUAUCUGGUCAUAUUUCUGUCCUUCCCUUCUUCUUUGCCUGUCACGGCAACUAACAUGAAUUAUACAAUUCUCGUGGUUGCAGCUGGUGUGAUUGUACCGGCAAUUCUCUGGUUCGCUUACGGGAAGCGGACGUAUUAUGGUGUUUUGUAUGAUGCGUCUCACUCAUAUUAG